AUGUUGCGCUCUGCAUCCCCGCGUUUGAGCGGGCUGCCGCAGCUCGCGGGGCGCACGGCGGCGCACCGGCGGCUUCUCCUGACGAUCUGCCUCCUCGUUGCUUUGCCGGUGCUGCUGUGUCGUCACCAGCGCCUCUCCUGUGCCGGCCCAUCGUCCCCCGCUCGCCCUCCCCUCCUUAUCUCCCCCUUUCCCCGUCUCCCCAUCCCCCCAGCCCCGCAGACCUCCAGUGCCGACCUCCAGUGCCGGUGCUGCUGUGUCGUCGCCAGCGCCUCUCCUGUGCCGCCCCAGCUGCUCCCAAUAGAGUGCGCUCACUCUUUCCUGCUGCACCUAUGCACCGCAUUCGACCCAUCCUAUCUCAUCCGACAUCCCACUGAUUCACCCCAGCUGCCCCCGAAAGAGUGCGCCCACUCUCUCCUGCUGCACUCCUGCCCCGCAUUCAACCCAUCCGAUUUCAGUCCACCACCCACACCCACUGAUCCACCCCAGCUGCUCCCAAAAGAGUGCACCCACUCUCUCCUGCUGCAUUCCUGCACCACAUUCGACCCAUCCGAUCUCAGCCAACAAACCACUGAACCGCCCCAGCUGCUCCCAUCCGAGUGCCCCCACUCUCUCCUGCUGCAUUCCUGCACCGCAUUCGACCCAUCCGAUCUCAACCAGCAACCCACUGAACCACCCCAGUUGUACCCAUUACAGUGCCCACACCCUCUCCUGCUGCACUCCUGCUCUGCAGCUGAAGUCCCGAAUUUCAGCCUACCACCCACCGACCCACCCCGGUCCCACCUGUCCAGUAUCCGCCUAUGCCUACCAAAGCAGGGGUGCAGAGAUGAGGCGAUUGAAGGAAAGAGGCAAGAGGGAGAGGGGAGUGAGAGCGAGAGGGGUGGUGUGGGUAGGGAAGAGGGUGAGAGAACGGGAGAGACACAGCAGCAGGAGGGGCAGUUGCAGCAGCAGCAACAGCAGCAGGAGCAACAGCAGCAGGAGCAACAGCAGCAGGAGCAACAGCAGCAGGAGCAACAGGAAGUGAAAGGAAAGGAAGUAAGGGAAGCCAUUCGGGAGGCACAGGAGGAAGGGGAAAGUGCAGGCAUAAAAGUAGCCGCACUAUUUCUGUGUCUCAGUGGCAGCAAGAUGACUUCUGGUUCGGCUCACAAGUCCCCUGAGGAAGGAGAAGCACCAGAGAGGGGGGAAAGUGCGGUCACAAGAGGGGGAACGCUGUUUCUGUGUCUCAGUGGCAGCAAGGUGGCGUCUGAGUCAGCCCACAAGCCACCUGAGGAAGAAGAAACAGCAGGCAGAGGACCGGCUCGUCAGAAGGCAGGAGCAGGCGUUGAGAGGGGUGCUGUGCCUUUUGAGGCGCGUCAAAAGGCGGGAGGAGCUGUUGCAAGGGGUGGUGUGGGGUUUGAGGCUCGUCAGAAGGCAGGAGCAGGCGUUGAGAGGGGUGCUGUGCCUUUUGAGGCGCGUCAAAAGGCGGGAGGAGCUGUUGCAAGGGGUGGUGUGGGGGUUGAGGCACUUCAAACGGCAGGAGCAGGCGAUGAGAGGGGUGGUGUGGGGUUUGCGGCGCGCCAAAAGGUGGGAAGAGCUGUUGCAAGGGCGGUUGUGGACAUGGGGGAGAGCUGUGUCAAGGAGCACAAGGAGAUGGUUACCAAGCUGACUCAUAACAUGUUACCCCUCUCUGCCCUUCUCCUCCUCCUCCCCGUUGGCAGACAUGGGAUGGGGGAGAGCUCCGUCAAGGAGGCGGGUGGCUCUGCUGCGUGUGAGGCCUCUAUUUUUGAGACAUGGGGGAGAGCUGUGUCAAGAAGGCGGGUGGCUCUGCGUGUGAGGCUGAGUGGGCAGGCACGCAGUGCCACGUCAGCAGGCGCCACGUCAGCAGGCCAGGCACCAGCUCAACCUCCUGCCGCCGAACCUCCUGCUGCACCUCCUCCCGAACCUCCUGCCGCACCUCCUCCCGAACCACCUGCAGCUGCACCUCCUGCCGAACCUCCUGCAGCGGCCUCUCCUCCUUCCGAACCUCCUGCCGCUGCCCCCUCUCCCCUCCCCACUGCCCCAUCCCCCGAUAUUGCUACUCCCCCCUCACUCCCCCCAGCCUCUCCCCCUGCACUUCCCCCCACCUCUCCCCUUGCACUUCCCCCUGCCUCUCCCCCUGCGCUUUCCCCCGCCUCUCCCCCUGUCCUCCCCCCAGCCUCCCCCCCUGCCCUCCCCUUCGUCCCCCCUCCUUCUCCCCCUCCCCCAGACCUAGGCACCCUCACUCCUACUGCUGAUUCCCCUCCCCCCUCCUCCCCCUCCUCUCCUAUAUCCUCUCAAUCCCCCCCUCCCCCCUCCUCUCGCACCCCUCCUAUCUCUCUCAUUCCUAGUACCUCCACCUCCUAUCCUCCUCCUCCCCCUCCCCAAACUAUUUCCAACCCCACUCUCCCCCCUUCUGCUGAUCCCCCAUCGCUUCUUUCCCCCUCUCCUGCUGCUUCCCCUGCCCUCCCCCCCGAGCUUUCCCCCUCUCUUCCCCCUGUAGGUUCCCCUUUCCCCUCUCUCCCCUCCGCCCCCGCCCCCGCCCCUUCCCCUGAUUUCCCCACCCCCAUCUCCCCUGCCCCUUCCCCUGCCCUUGCCCCAGCGCCCUCUGCAACCGCCCUUCCCCCUGAGCUUCCCCCAGCUGCUUCCCCCCUUCCCCCGGAUCCCCCCCAACCUCCCCCUCACCCGCACAGACCCCCUAAACGUCACCCCCCACGCGCCCCCAACCGCCCUCCCCCUUCCCAGCCUCCUGCUGAACCUCCUGCCGUACCUUCUGCCGAACCUCCGUGCCUUUCCCCUGCUCCCAGCCCUUCCCCCUCCGCCCCUGCUGUCUUCCCCCGUUCUCCUUCCCCCGCACCUCUCUCCCCCCAGCCCCAUCGUUUCCCCCCAACUGCCCCCACUCUCUCCACCCCUUCCUCAUCCCCUCCUCCUCCCCUUCAUCCUCCUCCUCCCCCACCUCCUUCCUCCUCUCACCCUCCAUCCUCACUCUACCCCCCUCCGCACACUCUCCCCCAUCCCCCUCCCUCACUCCCCCCUCCCCUGCCAGAUUUCCUUCCCCAUCCCCCUCCCCAUCCCCCUCCCCCUCCGCUCCAUCACCCUAUAAAACACCACCCCCCUCUCUAUGCCGGCACACCCCGCAGCUUUCCACCAGUCACCCUCACAACCCCCCCUCCUCCUCCCCCUCCUCCUUCCCCUCCUGCUCCCUCUCCUCCUCCCCUCCAAUCCACCCCUCCUCCUGGAGUUCUCACCCCUUCUCUUCCUCCUUCACUGCUUCCUCCUCCCCCUCCGCCGCUUUCGCCUCCUCCAUUCACCAUCGGCCCAUCAAGCCCUGCCGUUGUCCUGCCGUCACCACCACCGCCACCGCCGCUCAUCCUUCCGCCCCCACCUCCCGACAGCCGAACACCGCCGCUCAUCCUUCCGCCCCACCUCCUGACAGCCGAACUCGCCUCCACUCCUCCUUUCACUCCUUACACAACGUCCCCGUGUUUGGGCGCAAGCUCGCCUCUCCCCUCCUCCUGCAGCCCUCUCAGGCGCCUCAAAAUGCAAGCUCGCCUCUCCCCUCCUCCUCCUGCAGCCCUCUCAGGUGGAGACUGCCCCCCCUGCCCAUCCCCGACCGUCCUCCUCCCAGCCGCAUCCCCCUCCCUCCCCUGCUCCUGCGCCCUCCCAAUGGUUUUGAUUGCUCGCCUGCACUCCUCCUUCGACUCCUUCCUACACAACGUCCCCGUGUUCGCCCAAGAGGUCGCCUCUCCCCUCCUCCUACAGCCCACACAAGUGGAGGUCUGGGCUGUCACGUACGAUCCAGAUCCUACGGCGCUUGUGGUUACUGCGUAUUUCCUGCCAGUGGAAGGGGAAGGGGCAACAACAGCAGCAGCAGCAGCAGCGGAGGCUGGGGCAGGAGCAGCAGCAGCAGUGGAAUGGGACGAAGCGGCGGAGGUAGCAGGGGCAUCAUCAGGAGCAGCGGAGGCAGGGGGUUUAGUGAGGCGCCUCAAGAGCGAUCCAAUGCAAGCAGCAGAGAAGGAAGCUGUGAAAGCAGCAGCGUCAAGUAGCGGUGGGAUGAGCUUCGAAAGAAGCAAGGGGGACCAAGACAGGGCUGAAGAGACGAGGAUUUCACGUGUCUUGGAGAGAGCAGGAAAUCAGAAAUCCCAGGGGAAGCUGCCGGUGCAGCUGAAUCGGACUGAGGUAGCGGAAGGAGGGUUAGUAGUGGAAGCAUCAGAGGAGAGGCAUUCACGUGUGUUGGCGAGAGCAGAGAAUCAAAACUCCCAGGGGAAGCUGCUGGUGCAGCUGAAUCGGACCGAGGUGUCGAGGAUUCGACAGGUGUUGCUGGGGGGACAAGUUGAGCCGGACCCGAGUCAACCUUUCCUCAGCCCUCCUCCUCCUCCUUCCCCCGAUCAGCCUCUCUCUCCCACCAUCACCACUAAUAGCACCAACACUAGUGACUCAUCCUCCCCUCUCAUCUUCCCUCCUUUCGUCCCCCUCUCUCUUUUUUGUUCCCUGCCCCCUCUCAGGUCAACCAUUCCCCAGCCCUCCUCCUCCUCCCUCUCCCGAUCAGCCACUCUCACCCACCAUCACCUCUAA